UUAAAAUAUUCAAAAUGGCGGACGGAGGAGCAGCGAGUCAAGAUGAGAGUUCAGCCGCGGCGGCAGCAGCAGCAGAUUCAAGAAUGAACAAUCCGUCAGAAACCAAUAAAUCAUCUAUGGAGAGUGGAGAUGGCAGCACUGGCACUCAGACAAAUGGCCUGGACUUCCAGAAACAGCCUGUUCCUGUUGGAGGAGCAAUCUCAACAGCCCAGGCCCAGGCUUUCCUUGGACAUCUUCACCAGGUUCAGCUUGCUGGGACAAGUUUACAGGCCGCUGCUCAAUCUUUAAACGUUCAGUCUAAAUCUAGUGAAGAAUCGGGGGAUUCCCAGCAGCCAAGCCAGCCCUCCCAGCAGCCUUCAGUGCAGUCAGCCAUUCCUCAGACCCAGCUAAUGCUGGCUGGGGGACAGAUAACUGGGCUGACUUUGACACCAGCCCAGCAGCAGUUAUUACUGCAGCAGGCCCAGGCCCAGGCCCAGCUCCUGGCUGCUGCAGUCCAGCAGCACUCCGCCAGCCAACAGCACAGUGCUGCUGGGGCCACCAUCUCAGCCUCUGCUGCCACACCCAUGACGCAGAUUCCCCUGUCCCAACCCAUACAGAUUGCACAGGAUCUUCAACAAUUGCAACAGCUUCAACAGCAAAAUCUCAACUUGCAGCAGUUUGUGUUGGUGCAUUCCAACCACCAACUUGCAACCAAGCACAGUUUAUCAUCUCACGACCCCCCAGGGCAGCAGGGUCUCCUGCAAGCGCAGAAUCUUUUAACGCAACUACCUCAACAAAGCCAAGCCAACCUCCUACAGCCACAGCCAAGCAUCACCCUCACCUCUCAGCCAGCCACCCCAACUCGCACAAUAGCUGCAACCCCAAUUCAGACACUUCCACAGAGCCAGACAACACCAAAGCGAAUUGAUACUCCCAGCUUGGAGGAGCCCAGUGACCUUGAGGAGCUUGAGCAGUUUGCCAAGACCUUCAAACAAAGACGAAUCAAACUUGGAUUCACUCAGGGUGAUGUUGGGCUCGCUAUGGGGAAAUUAUGGAAUGACUUCAGCCAAACCACCAUCUCUCGCUUUGGCCUGAACCUCAGCUUUAAGAACAUGUGCAAGUUAAAGCCACUUUUAGAGAAGUGGCUAAAUGAUGCAGAGAACCUCUCAUCUGAUUCUACAGCAUCUAGCCCAAGUGCCCUGAAUUCUCCAGGGUUGGGGGCUGAGGGCUUGAAUCGUAGGAGGAAAAAACGCACCAGCAUAGAGACCAACAUCCGUGUGGCCUUAGAGAAGAGUUUCAUGGAGAAUCAAAAGCCUACCUCGGAAGAUAUCACCUUGAUUGCUGAACAGCUCAACAUGGAAAAGGAGGUGAUUCGCGUUUGGUUUCUGUAACCGCCGCCAGAAGGAAAAAGAAUCAAUCCACCAAGCAGUGGUGGGACCAGCAGCUCACCUAUCAAAGAUUUCCCCAGCCCAACCUCACUGGUGGCAACCACUCCAAGCCUUGUGACAAACAGUACAGCAACUACCCUCACAGUCAACCCUGUCCUUCCCUUAACCAGCGCUGCAGUGACUAAUCUCUCUCUUACAGGCACUACAGACACCACAUCCAACAACACGGCCACCGUGAUUUCUACAGCACCCCCUGCUUCCUCAGCAGUCACAUCUCCCUCCUUGAGUCCCUCCCCUUCUGCCUCAGCCUCCACCUCUGAGGCCUCUAGUGCCAGUGAGACCAGCACAACACAGACCACCUCCACGCCUCUUCCCUCUCCUCUCGGGGCCAGCCAGGUGAUGGUGACAGCAUCUGGCUUGCAAACAGCAGCUGCUGCUGCUCUCCAAGGAGCUGCACAGUUGCCAGCAAAUGCCAGUCUUGCUGCCAUGGCUGCUGCUGCAGGACUCAACCCAGGCCUGAUGGCACCCUCACAGUUUGCUGCUGGAGGUGCCUUACUCAGUCUCAAUCCGGGAACUCUGGGUGGGGCUCUGAGCCCAGCCCUGAUGAGCAACAGUACACUGGCUACUAUUCAAGCUCUUGCUUCUAGUGGUUCUCUUCCAAUAACGUCACUGGAUGCAACUGGGAACCUGGUAUUUGCCAAUGCAGGAGGAGCCCCCAACAUCGUGACUGCCCCUCUGUUCCUGAACCCUCAGAACCUCUCUCUGCUCACCAGCAACCCAGUAAGCUUGGUUUCUGCAGCUGCAGCCUCCACAGGGAACUCUGCGCCUACAGCCAGCCUUCAUGCCUCUUCCACCUCUGCUGAAUCCAUCCAGAACUCUCUAUUCACAGUAGCCUCUGCCAGUGGGGCUGCUUCCACCACCACCACUGCCUCCAAGGCACAGUGAGCUGGGUGCAGAGCUGGGCUGCCACAGACCUUCUGUACUGCAGCAUGAUGGGCUGCCAGCUGUUCAAGAAAGAGACAGGUGUGAUUGGCUUCCUCCCACCAUGUUGUGAAGAUGAGGGAGACAUGGAGAAAAGAAAAAAAUAAUACACUUACCAGAAAAAAAAAAGAAUGGAGACAGAACAACAUUUGCCUAAUUUUAUAAAAAAAGAAAAAGAAAAAAACAAUGUCUUUUCAGGAUUGCUUCAUGGAUUAGAGAACUUUCUAACCAAAAAUUUAAAAGAAAAAAAAAAAAAAAAAACAGAAACAAAAAAUCCAAAACAGACAAAUAAAUGAAAGGACUACUUCCCAUUUCCAGCAGUCAUGAUGACAGGCGAAGGUGGGUGACCAGUUCCAGUAGAGGAAGGGGUGUCUUGUGUUUUCUCUUUUUUUUUUUUUUCCAAAAAUCAUUUUUAUAGGUCUGUUGUGCAGGCCAUUAAGUCAUAACAAGGUGUUUAUAAUCGUAUCAAUUGUGUUGGGGGUUCCUUUCUUAACUGGUACAAUUUAGGCAGGCCUGUAUUACUGUAUCUCUGUUAUUGUUUUUUUAUAUAUAUAUAUAUAUAUUGGACAUGUUUAUCUCUUGCUCCUGGAUCCUAUUUCAGUGAGCUCCCACACUGUGGGGAGGGGGGUUUUGGGGUUAAGGGAGAAAUGCAUUCUUAACUUCCAGGAAUGUUCUUGCUGGUUUCCUUAUCCUUGAUGACUCUUACAGAGGUGCUAGAAAACGAUUUUCUUUUGCCACUUAUGCAAGAGGCUUGGUGCAGAAGCUGAAGGCAGUGUGUGCACACUCCUGCUCCACACACGCUCCUCCCCAUCAGGUGGUGCCUUUGGAGCACUCUUGUGUAGGAAGAAUUCCUGCUGAACUGUAGCUCUCACUCACCCCUAAUCAUUGAGCAACCCCGAGGACCGAACCCUGUGGUGCAACAGUGCUGCUUUCUGCUACUUUCAAUGGGCACAGCUGUGCCUGUUGCAGGGCAGGUUUUGGUUCCGGAGAGCAAAGACUACUGCAGACACCUGACUUGGUGGUUCUCCUGAUUGCUAUCUCUCUCUCUCUCUCUUUUUUUUUUAAUGCUCCUACUGUUGAUGUUUGUUUGUUUGCUUGUUUGUUUUCAUUUUAUGGAAAUUUUCCAUCCAAACUUCCUUUGACUUACUUGGUCAAGAUCAAAUUGAUUUACUGAAACUGAGAAACAAGUCUUUGUUUUCUUAAAGAAAUUCUGUUGGACUGUUUUCUACUAAUUAAUAUCCCAAAAAGGUCAAUAUAAAGAGUCUAAAUCUGCCCCCUUUUCCUCUAGAGCAGCAGUUCUCAACCUGAGGGUCUUGACCCCGUGGGGGAAGUCAAACAGCUGUUUCACAGGGGUCACUUAAGACUAUUUACAUUACAGUUCAUAACAGCAAAAUUACAGUUAUGAAGUAGCAAUGAAAAUAGCUUUGUGGUUGGUGGGUGACCACAACAUGAGAAACUGUAUUAAAGGGUCACAGCAUUGGGAAGGUUGAGAACCAUGCUCUAGAGUCAUAGACUUCCUGUCCACUGAGUGGCUCAGAAGCUCCUCCAAGCCUCAGACUUUCCUCAGUUUUCUGACUGACAGGCACUUUCCUGACUAGGCAAGGGAUCUAUAGAACGGCUGAGCAGGAACUUCGCAGCCUGUUAGUGUCUCUGGUUUGUUAUGCCCCUGCUAGGUAGGUUUGGUGACAAUACACAUCUCUUAUUUGAUGUAAAAAAAAAAAAAUGAUUUGCUCCUGUAAUUGUUUUCAGGGUGUUACUAGCCUACAUAAAUGAGCCCAUUGAAAAGGAAGAGCUUGUGAAAAUGGAUGAGGUGAUUUAGAAAUUAAAUUCACCCUUUUAACAAUGCCCUAUUAUUUUACUAUCAGGACCAGAAUUUUCACAGAUGACUGGGUCAUCGUAGUGAAGUUCAUCUAAGUUACCCUUACUGGAGUUAAGGUCCCCAUUGGUGUCUGAGGUGCUUACUUCGGUUUCUGGUGGUCUGCACUGAGCUAAGGUGACUUCCCUCCCCAUAGCUUUGCUUAUGCCCAUAGGAAACUUGGAUUCUGUGCAUUUGUCUCUGCACUGUUGCUCAGAAAGGCAGUAACACAGACACAAAUGUGUAUCUUUCUUUGUGAUUCAUUUGGAAAAGGUCAUAUUAGCAUUAAAGGUGAGAAUCAUUUUGGCCCCCCUUUAAAUUUUUCUUUAGUUCCUUUUAUUUCUUGGAUAUUUAAUUUUUACCCCCAAAUUUCUCUGACCCUUAACUUUUCCUAAACUUCCUUUAAGAAUCAAUGAACUGCAAGCAGGGAAACUAACAAAUGCUCAUCCACCUGUUUUGUAUGGUAUGGGUAUUUUUGUUUUGUUUUGUUUAUUCUUUAAACUAAGCUUGAACCAAAGUCAAUUUUUAGCAAGCUGCUGUACUAAUGAACUAGUUAUAAUGUGCAGUUCAAACACAUUGAGGAGAUAGAUGCUACUGACAAUUUCUUAUUCAUUUUUCUUGAUUAAUUUUAUGUGAAAGUUGCUGCUUGUUUUUAUCUUUUAUGUUGGUAAAUUGUAAUAUCCUCUGGGCAGACAUUACCAUGAUUUUUAGCUAGUUUGUUUAGGUCAAUGUGUAAAUAGAAUGGAUGUGUCAGUUAACAAUUUCUCUCCUCCCCAUCAGUUCUUUCUUUCCUGUGAAUUUAAUCUUUAUUUGACUUAACACUCUGACCUUAAUCUGCUCAUGAUUAUAGGGCUGUCAAUACUGUUUCUCCUCCUAGCAGAGAGACCCUCCCUUGGGAGUGAUGAAGUUAGGAGAAAGAAUUCAGGGAGAGAAAUGCUGAUUGCCCACCAUACCAGGUUAGAAGUUACAGCAUUAAUGCCCAGAAUCGCUACCAAAGUAAGUGUUGUCUCAAGGGACCUGGCCCAGGGAGUUAAAAAGGACAGAGAAAGGCUGUUUUGUUUAGUCCUAUAUGGUUAAAAGAAUCUUUCCUAAAUAAGAUUCCCCUACAGACUUUGAUUUUUUUAAAGAUGAUAUUAACUUUACAUGUCAGUCCAAUGGUUUGUCAGUCCUUCCUUUGUCUGUAGUUUCUAGUUGGUUUGAGAAAGAAAUGCUGCCUUUUUAUGUAGUUCAUUUGAGGAUAGACCUUAAAACCAGCAUAAGUGCUGUAUUGAGAAGAAAAAAAUCUUUAGAAGAAGAUAACUUUAAUUUUUCCCUCUCCUUUUUCAUACAUUCAAAAUUAAAUUGUAAAACGAAAGGUACUUUAUACAUGUGUACAUGACACACUACUAACACCUGCUGGUGGCGUUCAGUGUAGCCACCUUCAUCACCACUCUCGAUUCUCAGUCUCUGCUUUACAAACACCUCGGCUACUUUUCAGGUGAUACCAGCUUUUUUUUUAAUGAUCUCAAAUGCUUUUUAAAUUGACUGAUCUAUCUUUUAAGCUAAAGUGUUGCCUUUUAUGAGGGAGUCUAGAAACUAAAGGGGUCGUUUGAAUAAAAGGCAUUUGGUUGAGUUUCUGCAUUUCCAGAAGAAACACCAGACAGGUUAUUAUAACUCAUUAUUUCAUUUUUCUCCUCCCCCUGACAUUGAUGCAGAUUUUAUUUCAGCCCUGAAUAUUAGUUAACACAUAGUAAGCCAAAGACUGAUUUUAAAUGCAUUUUUAAGGAUACUCUAUUUGCCCAUGAUAAUGGGCCCUUCCUGGAGAGUAGUGAAUGUAAUUGUUCAAUCUGUUUUGCAAUGCAGUUUGGCAGAAACUUUAUUUAUACCCUGUGUAAAUCUGAAUGACAACAGAAGGAUCUGUAAGGCUUCUCACAGGAGCAGCAUUACUGUUCUAGGGAUCAGUAGAAUGCUCUUAGCUUGAAUGUCUGAAGUUCUGUGGGCAGCUCCUUAGAAUGAGGAAACUUCCCUUUAUCUGUUGUUAGGAAGGUCGUUACCAUCCUGUUUGUGUAACUUAUUGCUCCAGAAUAGAACCAAAGGAAUCCGGCUUUCAUCUUGUGUAGGACCAACCUAUUUAUGCUUCAUAAGCUUUAUUAGAAUUUUUUUAAAGGGACAAUAUCAAUUAAAAGAUUUUGGGUGUGAUCAUCUUGCCAGUUUGUUCUACAUCACCAUUCAUUUGUUUUAGGAAAAAAGCACAAUUAUACCUCUUUAAUAUUAUUGUGUCUAUCCUUCAAUUACUUGGGGAAAUUAUCUCUUCAUUAUCCAGAAGCACAGGAUUUUGGUUGACAGUAUUUCAGUUUAGCUUAAAUGAUAACAUUUAACUUGUUGGAAACGCCAGGUACAUUUGUAAAUAUAGGGAUAUUAUGUUAGAAAAAAAUGCUAUAGUUCACAGCCUAAGUUCUUCUCAAGCCAUGUCAUCCUCCCAAAUCUUCCUUGACCAAGAGAAAGAUGUGGUCAUUGAAAUAGAAAGGCAAAGAGACGCCCCUUCAUGUUUCUCCCAAGAUAGGAGAGAUGCUGCCAUAGUGUGCAAAGACAGUUUCCUGCUGGCAACCUGAUUUGGCCCUGGCCCUAAGGAAUUCUGAACAAUCUACCUGAGCACUUGGUAAGACAGAAGGAAGGACCUUAGCAAUUCAGCAGGAACGCUUGCUCAGAAACUUUAAAUUGGCUGCUGAAGUUGAUAAGCAUAAAGUGUACUUAAUUGGAACUGAAAACAUUCAAGAUUAUAGUGCUAAUGGGAGGGAAAUACUAAAAGACCUAAAACCCAUAAUUAUCCAAGUAGGCAGAAAUUGAUUUAGUAAUUUAUUCAUAACUGUUAUGAGUUUACUUUGAUUUGUGGGUAUGAACAGCAUUUACCAUGUUAUGUUGUUCAUAUAAAGAAAUCCCUGGCUAUUUUGAAAUCAUUUUCAGAGACUUGUAAAAAUAAGACUCUCAAUAUUAUUUUCACUUUUGAGGAGGAAAAAUAAUUCUUUGCUGUUUCUCUGAAACUAAGAGCCACUAUAGGUUUACAUGAUGGCACCCACAAUGUACACACAGGCCUGAAUAGAAAAGGCAGAAAUGAGUUGCUUUCAUUAUUAAAGGUUGAUGGAAUCUCUUUGCCUUCUCCUCCUCAUCUAUGGAGAGUUAAUGUAAUAAAGUUCUACUAGGAGGCAGGGGAGUUCGUUGGAAGUUGUCCAUCAGAUAUGGUUUGUGUCUAGAAUUUUUUCUAACCGGCAUUCUGUUCUUUAAGUAGUUCUUUAUUUUGACUUUUCUGCUCUUGGUCUUUUCUAAAAGCAGUGAGCUUGAGUGAAUCAUGUCUCAGUUCUGUGAUCUGGAUCUCUUGCCUCCUUUUCCUUCCCUUUUUCUCUUUGAGUGGUGGUACCUUAAUCUGUGAGAAUAACGCUCGUGGGUAACAGCUUCUGGCGCCUUCAUAAAAUACCUCAGCAUAGCUUAGCAUUGUUGCGAACUGGUUUUAGACGUAAAAAACCAAAUAAGUGAAAGAAAAAAAUCUUUAUAAAUAGUGGAAAUAAUUCUAGCUGUAGUAUUUAGUUGAACUAAUGUUUAUUAUGGUUGAUAAACAUGAUUGAUGCUGUAUGUAUUCGGGAUCCUGUUUAUAGGGUUGGGGGGUUGGAGUGGGAGAAAGGAGAAAUUGAUUAUGUUAGAAGGAAAAUAUUGCUCGUAUGUGUUUGUUUUUCUUUAUAUCUGUCUUGCCAAAGGAAACUUGAUAUUCCCUGUGACUGGGUGGGGGUUUGAGGCCUCUGUCAUCUGAUAUGCAGCACAGUGUGCAGAGGUGUGCGGGUGACAUGUGGGGUGUCUAGUAGGUUCAGGGUGCCCAAGGGCAGAUUUACAACCCUUCAUGUCUGUGGCUGACAUGCCCCCCCUCACCAGACCUACCAGCCUCUCCUAUUGAUCCAUUACCUCUGUACAUAGCUAAAGCCUAGGCAAAGGAAAAGUGUGUGCAUUUCCAACUGCUCAGAUGAAAAGAGACAGACGUGUGUCCACGGAGUGUGGAGAGGAGGAGGUAAGUGGUACAUCCUGAUCUAGGAAAAGUAAGGUGACGUGAGUCAGCCUGUCAUGUUAGUGAAUGCUGUGCUAGUAGUAGCCCAAUACUUUUUAAACCUUAUUUCUUUUUCUUAUUUCAAGGAUAAUUCUGUCUAGACCAAAACACAAGAAAAAUCAAGAGGUUUAAAGCUAACCGCACACUUGGCACCUGUAUUAAGGUGUGGCGUUUAAGGAUUGGUUGAUGAGAGGGAAGAAGUGCGAAACUGUGCUGGUUAAGGGAAAAUUAAAACCUUUCUGCCUCAUUCUGGGACAGACUUCCUUGACUCCCUGAGUUCUAAUACUAAUUAUAUCUCAAGAACUAUUUUUUUUGUUGUUGUUUUUUGUUUUUCGAGACAGGGUUUCUCUGCAGCUUUUUUAGAGCCUGUCCUGGAACUAGCUCUUGUAGACCAGGCUGGCCUCGAACUCACAGAGAUCCGCCUGCCUCUGCCUCCCGAGUGCUGGGGCUAAAGGCGUGCGCCACCACCGCCCGGCAAGAACUAUUUUUUUUAAUAAAUGUCCCAGCUCACAGAAUUUGAGUGGGAUUUGAUUUUGAUGCCAAAGACACUGCUGUACUGUUGCUUAUCAUUAAGCUUUCCUAAUAGUCAGAGGAUAGAGAAAAUGCUUAAGUUAGUCUCUCUUCUUCCCAUUUCCUUCACUCCUUCCUCACUUUUGGAAAGAUGUCUCAUGGGUCGUUCUUGCUUCGCAGAGAGAUUGGUUUUCUUCCUCCCUGCUGCUCUGUGGACACUACUAGAAUUGCUCAGCGUGACAUUGAUAUUCUUACUGAGCAAGAAACUUGAGGAAUGCAAAAAAAAAUAACAGUAGAAUUUUUAUUUCUCUUUAUCUAAUUCUUAGAAAUAAAACUAGUCCAUCCAACCUGUUAGAUAGCAGGUUGUUAGAUAACAGUCAAUAUUUAAUUAUGAAGAGCAGACUACAUAAAAGCCAAAUGAUGUUCUCUUACUCUCCUGUAGAGCUGUUUUGCUCUACAGUGUCUUUAAGAUAUGGCCUCUGGGAAAUUAAGAUGUUCACUGUUUAGGAAUACUAUUGAUAAACAUAGACAUGGAGAGAGAAGGAAAAAAGACAAAUGUUACUAAUGGUCCAACAAACGUGAAUGGGUUGCUAAAAUUCAUGAAAGCUUUACUUGUUAUUAUUCUGACAUUAUAUAAAAGUAGUGUUAAUGUUGUGUGACUUUUCAAAGCAUUAGGUAGGUUUAUAUGGUAAUAGAGAUAUUAAAAUAAGAGCACUUGAAACAAAUGCUGUGGGAAAACAAUGUGCAUCAUGAACAUCAUUUCGACUGUGAAAGUGAAGCUCCAGGAUUCAGGGAGGGAAGCCGUUUAUGAUUCUUCUGCAUCCCUGAGUCUGCCCACACCGUACAGGACUCCACCACCCUUGCCACCUUCUGGUUUAAACCCAGGACACUGUCAGAAAGUUAAGAACCCCAGACUAAUUUACUGGGGAAAGGGAGAAGCUGAGGUCUGUAACAUUUUCCCUUGUUUUCUUUACUUGUUCAUCACUGUUUAAUGUAACCACAACCUCACAAAAGCAGCUCGGAGCUUCUCUCCUACAAAUUGCCAGUGGUAGUGAUCUCCAUCGCUGUAUCCCAAGGUCUGCAGGCAGACAAGACAGCUGGCUACAGUGCUGUUUUAACAAGGAAGCAUCUGCAUGGAAGCUCCUUAUGUGAUCUCGUUGCAUAAAAACGGUCAGUGCCCAUCCAGCCCUGAGAGUGUCUCAGGUCUGAAAAGUAAUGGCAGAAACAAAAUGCACUUUCCCACACUGGUGUGACUGUCUCUCUUAGAAGCACUGUGCUAGGGUGGUUGGGGGCGGUGUGUCUUGGGUUCCAUUCCUACAUGAGUCUGCAGAAGGCACAUGUUUUAUAAGGAUAAAGUAAACUAGUUAGUGCUAGCCUGGUUAGGUAUAAAAUUGCAAACGUGGGGAUGGCUUGUUUGCCAAGUCUGUGACAAUAUUACAACAUUGGCUUCAUAUGAUAUAAAUGAUAAAUGGUGUCUCCUAAGACCAGAUGGUGAGAGAAAGACUUCCUUCUUCCCACUCCUUACCUCUGCUUCCAUGGGAAUGUGUGCAUUACUCAGUCCACAGGAGGACUCACUGGGGGAGGUACGUCUUCCCAGAGUGGACCUCAGUCACUCCUCUUCUCUGUGGUAGUAGUGAAGGCUAGGUGAGUAAGUGUGGGGUUUUUGCCCACCAGUUGUGCAGGAGCUGUCGUAUACCUCAUUUCUAACUCGUGACUAAGUAACUUGCUUUAAGUUCCUCUCGACCCUACAGAGUUGCCAAGUCUGCCCUCCCUCUUCUCAGCAACAUUGAACUCUGGCCUAUAGCAUCAUAAGACCUGUCGCCUAGGGUGGGAUGAGCCCUGCCCCUAAGCCUCUGAAUGUCUCUGUUUUGAAGCUACUACAAACUGGGGGCAAAUUGCAAUCUCCGGUUUGUUUUGUUGUCAGGGAUCUUCACAGGUCUCCUAUCUUGCCCCCACUACCUUGCCUUCAAAGACUGCCAGCUCUCCCCCGCAUCUGCCCCAUAUUUCCAACUGCUAGACACACAGCAGCUUCUGUCCUUGGCCUUUUCCAAGUGGGGUCACGGCUGACCCUUCCCCUCUGAACAUUGGGGUUCUGCUCAUUGCCAAGACUUGGUAGAAAGGACACCCAGAGGUUCAUUUAAGCUGACUGCCGCAUACACAUUUCUCUUGUUUCCUGUGUGACAUGACCAAAAACAAAAAAACAACCAAAUAUUUAAGUUUAUUGUUAAUAUUAUUAUAAUUAUUAUUAUUAUUAUUUGACAAUCUUAUAUCCAAUGGGCUUUUUGGAAGCUGCAUUCCUGGCCCUUUCAACCUUUUCUUUGAAUGUAGUUCUCAACUUUUAAUCCCCACUCCCAAAGUUGGGGAUAAAUAAGAAGCUUAACCAGGUCAGGUCAUAACACUGCUGCUAUAAGCCAGGGGAGGGUGGUUUCUUUGUUUUGUUUUUCCAUUUCCAGCCAAAACCAAAGAUUUCUUAAUGAUUGUAUAAACUCAAAACAAACAAAAAAACCAAAGAAAAGGGAAGUCUUCAGCCUCAAUCCAGUCUGUGGCGUCCUGGCACUUGGAGACAUGCCCAAGGGCAGGUAGAGACACCUCUGACCAGCUCAAAAGGGCAAGCAAGCCUUUUUUUCCAAGUUGAGAGUUUUGUUCGGGUGCCUGCUCAGUAGUUUUGACUCUUCCCAGCUGUGAGCAGAACAUGCAUGAAAAUUAUUGGCACAUGAAAUUUUCCAAAGCCAAAGCCAAAACCCCAUCCCCACAACCCAUCUGACAACAACCAGGGUCAUCACCAGAGCUUAGCACAAGGCCUUAGAGCUGGGAGCUGCUACAUGAUGGCCACCACUCCACAGAAUGGGGACGCUGAAGACACAGGCACAGGAUUGGCUGCUCUGCUGGGUGCUUUCACCUCUGGGGCUGGGUUUACACACCCAAGGAGCCCUUCUGAGCCUUCUUUCUCUUUUCUUUACUGGAACUGCUUGGAAGUGGCUGUCCCGUUUGUGAGGAAACAUACAGAGCGAUUAUCAAACUUUUUCUUUUCUUGUUUGUAGUUUUGUUUCCUUUUGCAGCACCACUGUGCAACUAUGCAUUGUAUUUCAUAACCUUUGUGCUAGGUAGACGCCUGUGACUUUUUA